CGGAGCGGAAGCGGGCUGGCGUUGCCCGUAGCAACCGAGGGAUGCGUGUUGCGGGCAGGCAGGCGGGUGGCGAGGGCAUCAUGGACGAGGGCGCCGCCGCAGACCCUUCGGGCGGCCCUUUCUGCCUGCAGCAAAUUACUCUAACAGAAUGCUCUGAAGAUGACUAUCAGUAUGAAGAGAUACCAGCAGAUGAUGAUUUCAGCGUCCAGGAAGGUGAUGAAGACCUGAUGAAAGCUUUGCAGACGAUGGAAGACCAGGCGGUUGACGCCCAGAUUAUGGCUCAACGACCAAGCCAGGUAAUGAAGCAUUCCCUCGCUGAUGUACCUGAAGCUGUGGAUGACUUCCUCUGCAAUUUUUUAGUCCGAAUGGGGAUGAACAGGACUCUAGACUGUUUUCAAACUGAAUGGUACGAACUGAUGCAGAGAGGUAUACUUGAACCUAAAGACAUUGGACUUGUUCCGGAUGCGUACACCUGCAAUCAACAUUUGGAAAGGGAAAACAAAUGUUUAAAAAAGGAACUAGAGAACUACCAGCUGGUGGCCAACAGAGCUAAGGAGGCGCUGCUGAAGAUCCAGAGAGAGCGUGACUUCCACCGAAUGCACCAUAAACGAGUGGUCCAAGAAAAGAACCGGCUCAUUAAUGAUAUUAAACGGCUGAAAACACAUUAUGCAUCUUACGAGCCGAUGUUGCGCAAACUGAAUGAGAAAUAUGAGACUCUGUUGAGACAGAAAAUGCUGACCAGCUUGGAGAGAGACAGAGCGGUGUGGCAGAUCACUGGCUUGCGAGCCACCCUGCAGAGUUCAGAACCUGGGAGCACCACCCAGAUAUUGAUGCCUAGAGUUGGCCAUGGGUGUGAACGAGAGGAGGGAAUAGAAGGACCUUCCCAGAGAGCCCUCAAAGAAGCCAAGGAUCCAAAAAUGUCUUCUGGGGGUCAUCCGUGUGACCCAGUGAAACAGGCAGACAAGAGGUAUCCAAAGGAUUCCAUGUUUCCUGAAGAUAUUCAAGUGAACCCUUACCUCGCUCAUGCCAAAGAGUGUGUGCGGCCACUGAACUCUGGAGUGUACCGGCUGAGCAAUACUUUGAAAGUGCAUGAUCUGGCAGUGAGCAGUUUGGCUUUGCAUCCGAGGAAAGACAUUGUUGUGACCGCCAGCGAUGACCGCCUGUGGAAGAUGUGGGCCUUUCCUAGCGGCAACAUCAUCAUGAAAGGCGAAGGCCACACUGACUGGCUGUCCGGGUGCUGCUUCCACCCGAGCGAGAGAUGCAGAUACACCUUGCGUGGCCACAAGGACUCUGUAAACAGCAUUGAGUUUCUUCCUUUCUCUAACACCAUCCUGACCAGCUCUGCAGACAAGACCCUUUCUCUGUGGGAUGCCAGAACGGGACUUUGCGCUCAGACCUUCUGUGGCCACCUGCAUUCCUGCAACCAUGCUACAUUCAACAUGAAGGGUGACACUAUUGCUUCCUGUGAUUCUUAUGGUGUUCUGAAAUUGUGGGAUAUUCGGAGGGGAGCGCCAAUGGUGUCAAUUGAUGCCGGUCCACAUCCUGGGAAUCAGGUGGCAUUUGACCCUUCUGGUCAUAUCAUAGCUCUUGCAAGCCAUGAUGGGACUGUGAAGGUUCUCGAACUCAAAUCUGGACAGCUUUCCAGUUUGGUGGGCCAUGACGACGAAGUCCAGAGUGUCCUUUUUGAUCACAAGGCAGAACAUCUGAUAUCAGGUGGUUCCGAUGGCACUCUUCGAAUCUGGAACUGAGACACUGAACCGCGGCUUGUGAAAUCUCACGGAAAUGGUUUCAGAUAACCUCUUAGUGAAACAUGUGACUUUGGGGGGGGGGGGGAAAUAAAGAAUUUGCCUUCAACAUUUGAGAUAGAACAAUUGUAUGGAAUAUAACAUUUCUGUAUUCAAUAAAAAAAAUUAACUUC